AUGGCAUCUUCAAUUCUUUUGUCUGGCAACAACUUCAGCAAAAUUGCUCUUUUCUGUACAUCGUUCAAUCUGCAACACAUCAAAACAACCACUUUCUAUCAAGUACAAAGACAUUAUCUAUGUCCAACAAUUGAGAGCUAUUGGAAUGAACAGAAAGGAAAAAUUUUGUCAGCAAUCGGUGAUAAACCUCUAGUUGUUAGUGGAGAUGGACGAAAUGAUUCCCCAGGAUUCUCGGCGCAGUACUGUCUGUACUCAGUCAUGGACAAUGAAACAAACUGUAUCAUUGAAGUACAGGUUGUAGAUAAGAGAGAAGUGGACCUGAAGUCAGUACGGAUGGAAAAGCUAGGGCUUCAACGUGCUCUUGCAGCUCUGAAGGGUACAGUCAACAUAGUUGAACUUGUCACCGAUGCGUCGACAUCUAUUGCUGCGAUGAUGUCUCGAGACCUAGAGUACAAGAACAUAUUUCAUUCGUUGGAUGUCUGGCAUAAGGCUAAGAAAUUGGCAAAAACCUUGUCAGAGGUAACCGUUUUCAUUGCUAUAGUCAUUUGGUUAUAACACCACAUUUAGGCAUCAAAGAAGAAAGGAAUGGGAAGUCUGAGAGAAUGGAAGCGUUCCAUCAUCAACCAUUUCUGGUGGUGUUGUGCACAAUGUGAUGGUAAUGUGGAGAC